CCGAUGUCGAACGAAAGAGUGUGGUGCAAAGUCGUGGCGAACAUCAGAAGGGUGGAGUGAGCGUCUCAUGAAGUUUUGUGCUCUGGCAUAUGUCAUGGUGAGAAUCACAAGGGCGUCCGCCAUGCCGCCAUCUUCAUAGAGGGUCAGUAAGUGAUGUGAUGAUCAAGCACCGGCAAAGUGGGUAAUGCACGGUCGCUUAUGAUCAGUCGCAUGCUUGCAUCAGUUUGGUCGAAGAUAAUUUAUGCACAGCGUUCAGCAACAAUUACUGCAUAUUGUUGUGGCAACAAGCAGUCUCGUGUAUGCGAGGCCGUGGCCUGAUUACAUCUGGGUUGCAAAGAAGGACUCCGUAGCGACUCGAUCAUCGAGGUUGAAGUCUUUGCUCCGGCCUCAUUCAAGAGCACUGCCUGCGUCGAUUCUGCAUAGAGUGUCUACAUCUGCAGCAGGGCCAAAAGAGAAAUUGGCGCAGUCUGAUAGUAGUCUCGUUUCGGCCAUGGCCACUAUCAAGCUGACUGCAGCGUCUGUGUCUGCUAGCUGUGUCGUGGGCUUUGGCCAACUCCUUGUCUCAGUGACAAUCAGGCACACUCCGUUCUAUAGACAGAAAGCCUCAGAUGGUAUGUUCCGUGGUCGCGGGCUGGCAUUAUUUUUUGCAAUAAGCGAAGAAGUGGUCCAUGCUCAUAGGCGGCCUACGGCAGCCAAUUUCUGUUGGUGGUUCAAGCCCAAGAGCCAGGGAUGAUACGCAAGGACGCCCAUAAGUGAGCCACUGAGAUCCGUUUCGUUGGCUUGCGUUGGGAACGAGACCCUCUCUCAACCUGCAGCCAAAAAAGGCUCCGCAUCUGCUUCGCCUUCCCACCAUGGGCCCAAACCAAGAGCCCCAGUGCCUGAGAAGCAUCCACGAGCAUCUUCUCUCGCUGGCCAACGAGCAGCAGCCCGAUUUACAUUGGGGCAUUUUAGCUUGGGCAUUUCCGCCGCCCU